CGGCCCCAGGGAAGGGGGAAUGGUGACAUGAAUAAGGAAUGCGUACCCGCCUACUGUCGCUGUGACGGCGAAAAGGACUGCCUGGACAAGUCGGAUGAAGUGGGAUGUCCCACAUGCCGGGUGGAUCAGCUUAGCUGCCAGUCCGGCGAGUGCUUCGACAAGGCUCUGAUCUGCGAUGGUACCACCUAUGACAACUGUGAGAAUGUCCACGAUGAGGCCGACUGCUGCAAGCGGCCAGGAGACUUUCAGUGUGCCAUCAACCAGCUUUGCAAAUCAGCCAAGCAGAUCAAUGAGAUUGUAUCAACUCUGUCCAAGCCCAAAACUGUUAAAAACUUGUUUUAGUCAAAAUACAAGAAAAGCAAGGACUAAAAACUA